AAUUUGAAAUCCCACCCCAUAAUAUUUAAGAUCUGGGACAAAGAACAGCCAGGACGGAACUGCUUCCAUUGCAAAAUCUCGGCGCGGUCUCGGGAGCGGCCCAGCGGCCCGAGCCCGGAGCAGCCCCUUUAAAAACGCGGAGUACAGUAUUGGGAUUCUUGAAACCCGAAACCUAGAAACAGAAUCGAAGCGGAAACCAGAGGGAAAACCUUGAACUCCUCCAGACAAUCGCUUCCGGGGAGUUUCAAGGGAGCGAGGGGGAAUAAAGGACCCGAGAGGAGGGGCCCUCGGAUGGCGCGUCCCUGAGGGUCGCGGCGAGUUCGCGGAGCGUGGGAAGGAGAGGACCCUGCCUCUCCCCGCGCUGCGGGUCAUGGCCCCGGCGGAGCAGAAAGCCGUCGGCGCUGGCUUCCAGUGGCUCUCUUUGGCCGCUCUCGUGCUCAUCUGCGCCGGGCAAGGGGGACGCAGGGAGGACGGGGGUCCAGCCUGCUACGGGGGAUUUGACCUGUACUUCAUUUUGGACAAAUCAGGAAGUGUGCUGCACCACUGGAAUGAAAUCUAUUACUUUGUGGAACAGUUGGCUCAUAAAUUCAUCAGUCCACAGCUAAGAAUGUCAUUUAUUGUCUUCUCUACUCGAGGAACGACCUUAAUGAAACUGACAGAGGACAGGGAACAGAUCCGUCAAGGCCUAGAAGAACUCCAGAAAGUUCUGCCAGGAGGAGACACUUACAUGCAUGAAGGAUUUGAAAGGGCCAGUGAGCAGAUUUAUUAUGAAAACAGUCAAGGAUACAGGACAGCCAGCGUCAUCAUUGCUUUGACCGAUGGAGAACUCCAUGAAGAUCUCUUUUUCUACUCAGAGAGGGAGGCUAAUAGAUCCCGAGACCUCGGUGCAAUCGUUUACUGUGUUGGUGUGAAAGAUUUCAAUGAAACACAGCUGGCCCGGAUUGCGGACAGUAAGGAUCAUGUGUUUCCUGUGAAUGACGGCUUUCAGGCUCUGCAAGGCAUCAUCCACUCAAUUUUGAAGAAGUCCUGCAUUGAAAUUCUAGCAGCUGAACCAUCCACCAUAUGUGCAGGAGAGUCAUUUCAAGUUGUCGUGAGAGGAAAUGGCUUCCGACAUGCCCGCAACGUGGACAGGGUCCUCUGCAGCUUCAAGAUCAAUGACUCCGUCACGCUCAAUGAGAAGCCCUUCGCUGUGGAAGAUACUUAUUUGCUGUGUCCGGCACCUAUCUUAAAAGAAGUUGGCAUGAAAGCUGCACUCCAGGUCAGCAUGAACGAUGGCCUCUCUUUCAUCUCCAGUUCUGUCAUCAUCACCACCACACACUGUUCUGACGGCUCCAUCUUGGCGAUUGCCCUGCUGAUCCUGUUCCUGCUCCUGGCCCUGGCUCUCCUCUGGUGGUUCUGGCCUCUCUGCUGCACCGUGAUUAUCAAGGAAGUCCCUCCACCCCCUGCCGAGGAGAGCGAGGAAGAAGAUGACGAUGGUCUGCCUAAGAAAAAGUGGCCUACGGUAGACGCCUCAUAUUACGGUGGGCGAGGCGUUGGAGGCAUUAAAAGGAUGGAGGUUCGUUGGGGGGAAAAAGGCUCCACAGAAGAAGGCGCUAAACUGGAAAAGGCAAAGAAUGCAAGAGUCAAGAUGCCAGAGCAGGAGUAUGAAUUCCCUGAGCCUCGAAAUCUCAACAACAAUAUGCGGCGGCCCUCUUCCCCGCCGAAGUGGUACUCUCCGAUCAAGGGAAAACUCGAUGCUUUGUGGGUCCUACUGAGGAAAGGAUAUGAUCGUGUGUCUGUGAUGCGUCCACAGCCAGGAGACACGGGGCGCUGUAUCAACUUCACCAGAGUCAAGAACAACCAGCCGGCCAAGUAUCCCCUCAACAACGCCUACCACACCACCUCACCGCCUCCUGCCCCCAUCUGCAGCACCUCCGCGCGCCCCGCGGGGAGUGAGUGUGACCGAGAUGCCCUGCAGGUGCCAGCAUCGCAGUGUCCCGGCAGCGAAUGGGCAGGGACGGGGACAUUAACAGAGGGGGAUGCGAGUGAAAAGAGAGACCGCUUGGUCCCCGUGACCACGGCCCCUGUGUGCCUGAGAUGCCCCCUUGUGACCACAGCGCGCCCCGCAGCUUCACCGUCCCAGUCCCGCUUAUCCCAGCCACACCCCGGGUGCGGCAGACUAAAAGAUGUCGCAAGGCUGGAGCCAUCUGACCGCUCCUUCCAAAGGCAGCUCUGGGGCGACUGCGGCGUCUUCCGCGUGGGCUCGGGCGUCUGGGUCCGGGGCUCCAGCACAGGCGGGGGUGGUGGCCAGCUGGGAGGAGCUGCGGGGGCACCACUGCCCUCCCCACCCGAAGGGACGCCCGGGGCAGCUGUGCCCCAGGGCCUAGAAAAGUGCCUGAAGGCCAGCGGCCGCUACUAA